AUGGAGCGGUCGGUGUCGCCGACCAUGCAGCAGCACCAGCAGGAGCAGCAGGAGCAGCAGGAGCAGCACCAGGGGCUGGCGUUGACGCCUGACAUGAGCCUGGUCCCGCCCCCGCCCAGCAGCGGAGACGGGGCUGCUGGGGCGGCGCCGGCGCAGGCGCAGGCACCUGCGGGCAGCCGUGCGAGCGGGCGCGCCCCGGCGGCCAGCAGCCCAUUCGCCUCAGAGGGCGCGGCGAGCGAGGCGCCGGCGGGGCCCGUCGCCGCGCCCGGCGCCGCCGCGGCACCGCUCCUGCAAGGCGCCGGCUGCAGCGGAGGCCCGUUUGCGGCUUUGGCGGCUGCUCAUGCGCCGCCAGCGGCAGGGGCCGGGGCCGCAUCGGCCUUGCGCGGCGGGAUCAGCCGAGCAGACCCUGAGCCAGGGCCCGAGCCAGAUCGGCCGGCCGUCACUGCGCAGCGGCAGGCGAGCAGCUCCCCUUUCAGCGCCUUCACGCUGGAGCCUUUUGAGAGCGACUCGGUGCACGGCAGCGGCGGCAGCAGCGGCGGCAGCAGCGGCGGCGGCGGCAGUUGA